CUCUCGGCCGCAGCAACUCGCUUCAAGUUCCCUCCCUCGAUCUCCGGGGAAGCCUGGUUGAGCCCUCCCACUCGGUGAAGCCGAACCAUCGCGGCCGCCGCCAGCCGGGGCCCUCCACGGCCGCGCGUCCUGGGCCAGCUCGGCCGACCCUGUUCGCUCUCUGCUCCUGGCUCUGCCGAGGCGGGUGAGGCUCUGCUGCCCCUGCCAUCCGCGAUCCGCUCCGCCGCGGCGCCGGCCGCGGGGACCCAGUCCCCAGCGGGCCCUGACUCCUCCUCUCCGCGGUACCUACGCGCCAGAGCCCGACUCGGGCCGCACAUCUCGGGGUCGGGCUGCCCGGCGGAGAAAUCCCUCAUUGGACGUCUCGAGCAGUUAUCCUGAUUUUACUAAAUCUAGAGUUGGAAGUUAUCAAGACCUUGAAAGCAAAGUAAAAGAUAUUUCAUGCUGCAGAGAGUAGUUUCAAACGGAAGGAUUACCUGUGAUUUCUGCUUCCCAGCCAUAAAAUACUCAUUCCUCUCUUAAGCCUUGAAGAAUUGUACCUGAGCCCAGGUGGAUUUAAUGAGGAAUGCCUACCAACUGGGACUAUAUUCUCCACUCUGCAUUGUUCUAGGAGUGCACCCAUUCUAGUUUGCCCAUCAUUGAGAGGAAUCCUGGGAAAAUGGACUACUGUGUACAUAACACAGUACUAAAAGCAUAAGAGCAGGAAAAGUCCUAAGCAGCUCUGCCUGCAGUUGAACACAAAGACCUGGAGGAGACUCCCACAUCCUUCGGGGAGAAGAAAGGAGGCAGCGAAGCAGAUUAAAGGAACUUGUGGCUCGUGGCCUUUUGAGUACAGGGGCUGCCUGGAAGCGGGAAAGUGAAUUAAAGCCACCGUGGCAGCUAAUGAGCUGUGAGAUGAGGUGCUGCUGCUGCUGACAAUCAGAUUCCAGGCUCCGUCUGCUGUCCUUUGUGCUUCGUGUACAUGUGUCUAUUCAGCGCAUCCGGAGGCGCCCAGAAGAGAAUCCAACACGGCUGCCGGGGAGAGACCACCCACCAUGCCCACGGAGACCCUACAGACAGGUAGCAUGGUGAAACCGGUCAGCCCCGCCGGCACCUUCACCUCGGCGGUCCCCCUGCGCAUCCUCAACAAAGGGCCAGACUACUUUCGCCGGCAGGCGGAACCCAACCCCAAAAGACUCAGUGCGGUGGAGAGACUGGAAGCCGAUAAGGCCAAGUAUGUCAAGAGUCAGGAGGUGAUCAACGCCAAGCAGGAGCCGGUGAAGCCGGCCGUGCUGGCCAAGCCGCCCGUGUGCCCCGCCGCCAAGCGCGCGCUGGGCAGCCCCACGCUCAAGGUGUUCGGCAACAACGCCAAGACGGAGAGCGGCGUGCAGAGGGAGAACCUGAAGCUCGAGAUCCUGAAAAACAUCAUCAACAGCUCCGAAGGCUCCAGCUCAGGUUCGGGUCAUAAGCACAGUUCCCGAAACUGGCCGCCGCACAGGCCAGAUGCCACCGACCUGCACCGGCACUCCUUCGCCGAGUCCCUGAAGGUGUACCCCACGCAGGGCCGCGGCAGCCCGCAAGAAAGCAGCUCCCACGUGGGCAGGAGGCUGCUGGAGCAGUCAGCCGAGUCCUUCCUCCACGUGUCCCACAGCUCCUCGGACAUCCGCAAAGUGACCAGUGUCAAGCCCUUAAAAGCAAUCCCCUGCAGUAGCUCCGCCCCUCCCUUGCCUCCCAAACCCAAGGUCUCCUCCAUUGCUACCAUGAAGUCGCCCGAAGCUGACCCGGUGGAACCAGCUUGUGGAGUCAGCCGAAGACCCUCCCUCCAGCGGUCUAAGUCAGACUUGAGUGACAGAUAUUUCCGGGUGGACGCGGACGUGGAGAGGUUUUUCAACUACUGCGGACUGGACCCCGAAGAGCUGGAAAACCUUGGCAUGGAAAACUUUGCAAGGGCUAAUUCUGACAUAAUAUCCCUCAACUUCCGCAGCGCAAGCAUGAUCAGCUCAGACUGUGAGCAGUCUCAGGACAGUAACAGUGACCUUAGAAAUGAUGACAGUGCCAAUGACCGCGUGCCAUAUGGCAUUUCUGCCAUCGAAAGAAACGCUAGAAUCAUCAAGUGGUUAUAUAGCAUCAAACAAGCUAGAGAGUCACAGAAGGUCUCCCACGUGUAAGCGAAAGUUGUGCAGAGGAGGGAGGGGUGGGUCUCUGUGCAUCGGCAGUUGUGAAGGUUGUGAGGUCUCCUUGAAGUGUUGUGAGCUUCUCCACUCUCUUUGUGUUGCUUGUUGUGCAAUGUUUUCAAGUUGCAUGCCUGUCAACAUGGGGACUGACCUUGGCUUCCACUCAACCAUUGCUGCAGAGCCUGGCUCAAUAUGCGUCAUCUGCCAAAAGUUUCAGGCCAGGAUCUAAUUAGGGCUUUGAUCUUCAGCAAAACUGUUUACAGGAAAAAAAAAAAAAAACAACAACAAAAAAAAAAACGGUAUACAACUUCUUCAAUAUUUAUGUGUUUCUUGUGUUUUUAUAUUCUGCGCUAUUGUGUCUUAAUUAAAAGUUUUAUCAACUAGCUUUUAAGUUGAGAGUAGAAUCUUUUUGAAAUAAAAAAAAGCCAAUUUGCCUACAUGUGAAACCGAAAUAAUUGGGGAAAUAAGUGGGAUCUGCUACCCAACAGAUAUUGAGACUGUCCGGAGAUGAAACCAGUUGGAGUAUUUUGAGGUAGAAAGUGGUGAGCCUAAUGUUAAUCUUUUAUGUAUUGAAAUUCUUAGCCACUUGCUAAAGUAAUGGUUGGGGCAGCAAUGCUACGUUUUGUGUCCUAUUCCGUGUGUAAAUGUUGGUGUUUGUGUAACACUGACCCCAAGGAAAGACAAUCAGAUACAAUGAAGGUGAUUCAAUCUAGGACGUUGGGUGUUUGGGGGUUAUAUUGAUGUUGUUCUGAUUUGUAUUGGUUCAGAAAUUUCUACUAUUAUUCAUUUGAUAAGAAUGACCACCCAAAAAACUGAUACUGAAUGUCUUAAAAAAAAAAAAAAGUUGGGUUUUGUUUUUUUUUUGGUCAAGAAUUAAUUCCAUGCUAAUUUUCAUCCCGCCUCCUUACCUCCCUCUGUUGUUGUUUUAUUUGGGAGAGGGGAGUGGGGCUUGUGCAGGUUUGAGCUACCUGAAGACAUGAACACAAAUGGAAGUACCAGCCAUAUCAGUAGAGCACCUCCAUUCAACAGUGAAUGCCUUUGGUAGCUGAACCCUAUCUGAGCAGUACAAUUGUGAUGUCUUGCCUAUGUUAUUCUCUCAAGCUGUAGACCUUUGCUACAGCUCUAGAAAUUGUAGGAACACAACACUAUGUAGCUUUCCACCUGUUGGUCACUAGCGCUGCAUAUCAACUUGUUCCCUUUCCCCCCAAUAACCUGUCUUCCAGGUGGUCUUGUUAGCUGUCCACCAGCUGACGGCUGUGGUGUGGUAGCAGAAAGGUGAUAGUGCCGUGGUGGUCUGCUUCAUGGCCCUUGUACUCAUGCUCUGAAGUUGUCAGCAGCACUACCUUAGACUUAUCAGCUAAUAGGAAACUUUUUAUGGUGUAAAUGCUGUAAGACUUUGUACAUACUUCAGUUGUUAUGAAAUCUUUAUGAAAAAAAGGAAAAAUUAUGUUAAUAAAUAGCUCUGGUGCAGGCACUAAUGGUGGUGGUUUCUCUGUCCUUUCCUUUGCUUCCUACACAAAAUUUUAACUUGGGACUGUGAGCCAGAAGCAGCUAUGUGAUAGUCUUGAGGAAACAUUAUUUCAUUCAGUUAUUUUCACCAUAUCACAAUUAUUCUGAGCUGCAGAAUUCUUAAUUGUAGGUAUAACAAUGUGCUUUUGCUAACAUAGUUUCAUCAAGGUUCCUAAAAUAUACUGUUGCUACUUUACUUAGUUCACACUUCUGUUAUUUUUAUCUUUUCUUAAACAUCUGAAUUUUUCACAUCUUCCACAGACUCUUCAGUUGUAAAUAUUUAUGAGUUCUACAAUGGAGAUAUACCUUUGAGAUUUAUAGCCCUGUUUUAUUUGUACAAGCCCAACAUCAUUAGCAUUGCAUGUGUUCCUAUAGUUCCACUCAUUCAUUCAUUCCCCACCCAAUAGGACAUUUGUUGAACCACUCCCCUUUUCAGGCCUCAUAGUGGACACAGCCUGCUGUGGUCAGCACUGCUCUGAAUGGAGGAACUUCGAUUUUCACAUUUAUUUUGACUGUCAUUCCACUUAGUAAACAUGUCUUUUCUCUUAUUAUAAGGACCCUGAUUAUUCAGUGAGUAUUUAUCAAGUCAAGUUUUUUGAAGCUUAGUAUUUCUUCAAAGUUCCAUAUAAAGUAAAAGGUUUAUUUAAAAAGUAAUUUUCAGAAACAAAUAUGAUUCUCAACUAUUAUUAUUCACAAAUAUUUUCCUACUGAAAGUCAAAUUUGGUUCCUGGAAUAUCUCUACUGGUUUUGAAUUCUUUCUGUUUCUCUGGUACUCAGUUCAACCAGAGCUCUACUUUCCAGAAGAAACAUUGAAAUGCAGCUAUUAGUGGUGAUAAUAUAUAAUGCAGUCAAGAUAAUAUGAAAACAUGUUUGUAUGCAUGUAUAUGUGUGUAUAUAUGUAUACAUUCGUAUGUACAUAAAAAAAAAAGCAAGCUUUUUUUUCCUCAUCAUUGUGUAGAAAUGUGGUCACUUAAAGUAUUCAAGACUUAGCAUUUAUAUAAUCCAUCUCUUUCUGGGGCUUUCGAGUAAAAUUGGUGUUAUUUUCCUAAGGUAACCAGUUUUGGGGAGAGAGAGCAGUCCUUAGCUAAUUUAAUAUCACUUCCUAUGUGCUGUUUUAAUUAUAGAUUCUGCUUGAACCUUCAAACAUUUAAAAACCACAUUUAAUCUGUAUUCCAAUAGGGCUAUAACUCAUCCCACUAUAAUUCAGUUCAAUCUUUUGUGGCCUUAUUUGUAGAAUGAAUAAAUGGGAGGCUUUUGGUUCCAAUGGAAAGUAGCAGCUCAUUAUUUGUGGUGGUGUUGUUGUUGUUGUUGUUGUUGUUGUUGUUGUUCUUUAGAGUUUUGAUAAAGCACUAUUUCAGACACGCAAUAUUAAAUCCUGAAAGUGAGAUAUUUCCUAAUUGUGAAGUCUUGUUUGCAAAAUGGUCACUGUUAGCUCAGGGAAGUAAGUAUUGUGUGUGUGUGUGUGGUGUAAUGAUAAUGUUAUAAAUACAGGGUUAUCAUUGAGUUGAUCACACUUUUCUUAUUUGCCCACACAAAGCAUGAGUGCACUAGAUGGCCUAGUAAACGUGUUAUUUCUUUCCAAAUACCACCAAAUUUAUGAAAUCCUUACAUAACUGUCCCUUGUGCUAUUGUCUUAGUUCAGUCUCUCAUCUCCUCUUACCUGGACUAUUCUCCCUAGAACUUCCUAACUGAAAGCCUCCAUCCCUUGCCAAUGAGUUUCUUUCCAUUCCAUUUCAUCUCAAGCCAUAGUUAUCAGCUACGAUUAUGUCCCUUCUCUCUAUAAAGACAUCCUCUAACUUUAAGAUGUUGCAGAUAGGAUCAAGUCUAACUUCUUAAAAAAUGUUGGGCAUUUACCUCUCAGACCUCAUCAUCUGUUUCCCCUUUGGCCACCCAAUCUAAGUCUCCAACCAAAGGGACAUUUCCAUUGGAAACAUUUUGCCAUUGCAUUAGUAAUCUAAUGCCCAAUGUCUAGCAACUAAAACAAUAUUUGUCGUGUUAAUAUCUUUUGGCCAAGAACCCUAGAGUGCCUUGGUCAGAUGGUUCUGGCUCAGGGGGGUCUCAGUAGGCUGCAGAAAAGAUGUUAGCCCCCGGGAGCAUCAUCUGAUGAGUUGACAGGGGCCUGAGAUUCUAGUUCCAGGAUGGCUCACAUGAAAUUGGCAAGAGUCCCUACAACACAGCAGAGGGAGUGGCCAAUAGAGAGGGCAAGGAGGGUGUCAUAAUGCCCUUUGUGAUUCAAUGUACUAAUUCACACAUUCAGUUCAUUAGGAUCAUGUCACUAAAAACAGCCCACACUCAUGGGGACGACAGUUAGGCCUCACUUUUUAAAAGGGAGGAAAAUCAAGGCAUUUAUGAACCUGUUUUAAAAUCACCAUGUCUGUUGAGAUUUAGUAGCUCUUCAUUAGUGAGGAGAACUUUUUCCUCCCUCCAUGAUUCAAAGAGUCUUGCUCUUUCAAAACUCAGUACAACUAUCAACUUGUGGGAUUGUUUUCGAGUUUCUUUGUUGCCUUUUCCCACUAGAUGGUAAUUUUUGUCAUAGCCAUGGUCCCAACCAUUGCUAGCCUAACUGGUACCUUUGUGUGAAAUAUGAAAUGGUGUACCUUCCUUAAAACAUUUUCUGCCAGGAAAAAACAAAAAUCUGUCCUGAGAAGUUUACAAAUCUCUCAUUAUUAUGGUGUGGGCCAUGACCCUAGAGUUGGGGGGACAUAACAGAGCUAUCCAGAGUAUUUAGUAAAUGUUUAAUAAAUGUCAACUUGAAUUUUUAAAAUAUACCACAUCUAAGUCUUACGCUAGUUACCAUAUAAAUGUUGUUAAGUGUGAACCUAAGAUGGUGGUUACUGUUCUAUUUUAGAGGUGAAAAAUAUCAAUUCCAUGGAAAUACAGUCCCUUACCUAAGAUCUCAGAGGAAAGAAGUGCUAGAAUAAGAUUUCACUCAACUCUAUGGUUCCAAAAGUUCAGGACAAAGGCAGACUGAAUGCAUUGUAUUUAAAAAAGAAAGUAGGGUCUCCCCAGUGGCGCAGCGGUUGAACACCACGCUGUGAAGCUGUCUGCAGCCUCUGCAGCGUCGGUUCGAUUCCCUGCCAGCCAGGGAGAGACCCACAUGGUGGGACAGACCUCUCCUGCCUCACCCGCUGCUCCCCUCAACAGUGUACUUCGGUCUGUCAGCCUGUUCUGCUUCCCGCUCUGUCUGUGAUUAUUUCUCUCACCCUCCUUCACUUCUGAACUGUACCCCAGUUCUUGUAUAAAUAAAUAAAUAAAUCUAUAAAAAAAUAAAAAGAAAUAAAAAGAAAGUACCCUAAAUUAAUCUUGAUCACUUUUUCUGCUGCCUGUGCAUCUAAACAUGUCUCAGUCAGAAUUCUUACCUAAAUGAUAACCAAUAAAAUUUAGAAAAAGACUUCAGUUGUUUCAAUAUGAAUAACACACAGCCCACUGAAAUCAGGGACAGCACUCUUAGAAUCACAUUUCAUUUCUGAAUGUGCUACAUUUUAAAACUACAUCCUGUUAUUUUUGAUCAAGGACUUUUAGAAGGAUAAACCAUAGAGAAAAAUGGCCACAAUUCAACAAUCAGGAAACACAUUUUGAUAAUUUGUUGAGUCAGCAAUACUCCAUUUUCUCAUCCUUGAGGAUGUACAUAGUGUGUUCUGACCAGAAGAUUCCUCAGGGAAGGAAUAAAAAGAUAAAGUGUGCUCCAGAGGAGCCAAAUAGUCUCAUAACUCAGAAAAAUCAACUAAUCUCUCCGCCGUCUUGAAUAUGACAAGCCUGAUUCGUCUCUUGAGUCCUUAAGGUGACUGAUCAUUUGAUUAGCCUCCACCGUGCUGUCAAAAGCCGUACUGUGAAGGGCCAUGGGCUUGGUGGCUGUGCAUUCAGCUCUGAACAAGUCGCUGAACAGGGUUUCUCUAUUGUGUUAAGCUCACACCCAUUUUCUUUGACAAAACUCAGCAGAAGGAAAAGCUGGAAGGAGCUGAACCUCAGCAACAUUUUGGAACCCCUUCAUGCAAUAGCUGACAUCCAUCUGCUUAAACAUUGGCCUUUACUUCCUCAUCAGUAAAAUGGGAGGAAAUCAGUUGCAUGUAUAUCCUUUGGGGCUCUGUGGCAGCACAGCUUGCUGUUUGAGAAACAUUCGAAUGAGCUAUGAGGAUGUGAGAAUUCAGAAAAUCUGGGUUCUUACUGUGGUAGUCAGUGGGAAGGCAGGGUGAAGGUCAAACAUUUCACUAAAUGGUGUCUUGUACACCAGCUGCCGAGAGAGUUUUAAUUGGGGAAUGAAAUGACAUUCAUAAAAAGGAUUUUCUCUAAGCAGAAGGAAUCUUCAGAAACUUUCAUGUCAUAAACUGAUGAUUUUUUAAGGAUUUAUUUAUUUAUGCAUUUAAGGGCUGGGGCACAGGCCAGAGGUGUGGGGGGAUGAGAGGAUUCACCAAAGACAGAGUGGGGAGCAGAACGGGCAGACUGACUGAAACACACUGCUGAGGGGAGCAGUGGGUGAGUCAGGAGAGGUCUGCUGUGCCAUAUGGGUAGCUCCCUGGCCAGGAAUCGAACUCAUGCUGCAGUGGCUGCGGACAGCUUCAUAGGUUGUGUCUUAACCCCUUGCGCCACCAGGGAGGCCCAAGAAGCUGACUACUGAAUGUGGCCAGGUAGACCCUCGUGUACACAGCUGUGAGAAUCAGGUAUCAAUGGCACAGUCAUUCACUGGGUAGGAAUAUCAUACAUUCCAUAUUUACAAAACCCCUAUCAUAUGUCUUGGAUGUGAUUCUAACACCUUUUCUUAAGUUAUCUCCUUUUAUUCUCACAAGAACCUUAGAAACAGAUAAGAAUCCCUUUUGUCAAAGUGGGGAGUUGGGAUAAAGGACCUUCUCAAAACACACACCCAAUAAGUGGAAAAGUGAAAUUCAAACCCAGGUUAAUAAAACACAUUUUAAAGACUCAGUAUUUCCUAAUGAACUUUAGCAUGUAGCAUGACAGGAGCCACUUUUGCUUCUUCGUAGUAAGUUGAAUGACAGAACAUUUCUCAAAAACAUAAAACACUGUUGUGUAUAUUGGUCAGUGAUUCUUCCUUACAGUGAGUGGCUCAAAACUAUUAAAAUCUUGAUCACAUUAAUAUUGAAGCCUAGGUAUCUAUCCAAAGAGCACAAAAACACUAAUUUGAAAGGAAACCUGAACUCUUAUGAUUAUAACAGCUCGAUUUACAAAUAGGCAAGUUAUGGGAACAACCUAAUACCCCAGAAGAGAUGAGUGGAUCAAGAAGAUGGAAUACUACUCAGCAAUCAAAAAAGAUAAAUUCAUGCCAUUUGUGGCAAUAUAGAUGAAACUGGAAGGGAUUAUUCGAAGUGAAGUGAGCCAGAAGGAGAAAGAUAAACUCUGUAUGGUUUCGCAUAUAUGUGGGAUCUAGAGAAAAUAAACAAAGAUUCAGAUAAAGACAAACUGUAAGACUGACCCUUGAAGACAGAUCGUAGCUCUGAGACACUCAGGAGGGGAGGAGGAGAUUUGGAAGGGAAAAGGCCGAGGAGAGAACACAGGGAGAGGAGAGCAUGGUGGAGGGUGGUAGAGGACUGUGUGCACUACAGUGAUGGGAAAACUCUGGUGACUGCACCUGAGAGGGAGAAAUCCCAUAUUGUGGAAAAAUAAACAAGGAUAUUUUAAAGUCAACGAAACACAGUGAUCAACUUCCUUUCCCAACUGAGUCUUGUAACUCAGUCAGAAAAAUCAACUAAUCUUUCCACCAUCUUGAAUAUGUCAAGCCCAAUUUUUCCCUUAAGUCCUUAAGGUGACUGAGCUUUUGGUAUUAUUUUGCAUUUUAUUCUGCCUAUUAAUUUGCAGAGAAGAAAAGAGAUGCAGAGGUGGCAGGACUGAACCCAAUCAAAGAGCAGGUUAGCUGGCAAUUGGGCUUGAAUAGAC